ACCCGACACACCCUUCUCUUCCACCUAACCCAACACUCAAAAUUUGGGGAUUUUCCCCAUUCUGUUCUUCAAUUAGAAAAACUAGGGUUUGUGAAAGAAUCAUAAUUAAGAGCAGUUUACAAGGAUGCAGCAACCACCACCCAUGAUUCCAAUGAUGCCCUCUUUUCCUUCUCCUAAUAUCACUACUGAGCAGAUUCAAAAGUACCUGGACGAGAACAAGACAUUGAUUUUGGCCAUAAUGGACCAUCAAAAUCUUGGGAAACUAGCUGAAUGUGCACAGUACCAGGCUAAACUUCAGAAGAACUUGAUGUACUUGGCCGCUAUUGCUGAUGCUCAACCACAAUCACCAGCUAUUCCAACGCAAAUGGCUCCUCAUCCUGCAAUGCAACAAGGAGGAUUUUACAUGCAGCACCAUCAGGCUGCAGCCAUGACUCAACAACAAGGUAUGUUUACUUCAAAGAUGCCACUGCAGUUCAACAACCCACAGCAACUACACGAUCAGCAGCAGCUUCAACAUCAACAACUACAGCGACAGCAGCAAGGUAUGCAACUUGGAGGUGCCAACAGUGGAAUGCACUCCACUCUUGGUAGUACAAGUAAUGUUGGCCAGCUUACAACUUCAGGUGCUGGUGAUGCACGCGGAGGAAACAAACAAGACAACUCUGAAGCGGGUGCUGAUGGUCAGGCUAGCUCGGUGACUGCCCAAGUCUCGGAAGAACGCAAGUGAUGAACUUCUUAAUAAUGUACCAAUAUGUCCACUAAGGGCAGUUCAUAGCAGGGGUUUAGAACUAUGUUGUAUGUCAUGCUUUUCAUGAUGUGUUAUAGAGAGAGGACUAGGUAGGUUGUGUUUUCCCUGAGCGCGUUCUCUGUUUCUCGUUCGAGUUAACCAACGUGUAGUUAAGAGGAAGAAAGCUUGUUUAGUUUGUGUACCAGUGCUUGUAAUUCUGUAAUAACAUAGAACUGAUGCUGUUUAUUUCAAAUAGUGAGUCUUAUCGGCAAUAAAAUUAUUCUGAA